AUGACAGCCGAACUGAUUAGAGAUGCGGAUUUAAAAGUGAGGCACGCUGAUAAAAUCCAGUCCCAGUACAAGAAUUCGGUGACAUACGAAUUAGGCACUAUAGCCGCCGGCAUCCAAGACAAAUAUAGACACAUGCUGGAGAUAUACAGGAUUUAUUCGAAUGUCACGUUGCAUAUGGCGGUGAACUUCACAAUUUACGACAGCCUGAACGCGUAUCACGUUCUGCAAAGCGAUUACAAUGAGAUCAAAGUGGAGCAAAAUCUAUUCUAUGAGGUGCUGGCGAAGCACGAGGGUGAGAAACGGAAGCUGGAGAAGCUGAGGAAGAAGCAGCUGGAUAAGAUGAGGGGCUCGCUCGGCUUCGAAGGGGGCGGCGGGAGAGGUCGCAGACUCGGAAACAGAAAACCGGCGUUGUGGAGGGACGGCGGAGCUUUCGAAGCUGGGAACUUUGAUUUCGGUGCUGAUUUGAAAUAA